UAGAAAACAGAGUAACGUAAUGACAACCCAAACUCUGAAACAACACCGUUGGGAUCUCGAAGUGGACCCAAAUCUCUUUUCACUGUUGUACAGCGAAGCUGCACAGUAGGUCUCCCUGAGCGGCACCGCUGCUGAAUUUUCCCCAACCCAAUUUAAUUUCUCAGAUUCAUAAUCCCUGUUUCAUUCAUUGCUCUUCAACUCACCAACAAUAAGAAGAAAAACAGAGCAAAACAAGAGCUCUGAGAAUCUCCACGCAAGAAGGAAAGUUUUUCAACAGUUUCCUGAAGAAGAUGGAAGUUAGCGGGCCAGUGAAAUCUGAAAAUAGAUUAAAGCACCGACCCUUGACCCCUCUUAGGUUGUUGAGGGGUAUAAUAUGUUUAGUGGUAUUUCUUUCUACAGCUUUUAUGUGUUUAGUGUAUUUUGUGCCAGUGGCAGUUGUAGGAUUGCGGCUUUUCAGCAUACGUUAUAGUAGGAAGACAGUGUCAUUCCUGUUUGGACUUUGGUUAUCUCUGUGGCCAUCUUUGUUCGAAAAGAUUAAUAAAACCAAAGUUGUGUUUUCUGGGGAUAGUGUUCCAAUGAAGGAACGUGUUUUGCUUAUUGCUAAUCACAGAACUGAGGUUGAUUGGAUGUACUUGUGGGAUCUUGCACUUAGAAAAGGGACACUGGGAUGCAUAAAGUACAUCCUUAAAAACAGCUUGAUGAAACUACCUAUCUUUGGUUGGGGAUUUCACAUUCUGGAGUUCAUUGCAGUGGAGAGGAAGUGGGAGGUAGAUGAGCAAAUACUGCACCAAAAGCUUUCAACUUUAAAGGAUCCUCAAGAUCCCUUAUGGCUAGCUCUUUUUCCCGAAGGAACAGAUUAUACUGAUCAGAAGAGUAAAAACAGUCAAAAAUUUGCUGCUGAAACUGGUCUCCCUGUGCUGAAAAAUGUAUUACUUCCGAAAACAAAGGGGUUUCAUGCUUGCUUGGAAGCCCUACGAGGCUCAUUGGAUGCAGUGUACGAUGUGACAAUUGCAUACAAAAAUCAAUGUCCUUCAUUUCUGGACAAUGUGUUUGGUGUUGAUCCUUCAGAGGUGCACUUGCAUGUAAGGCGUAUUCCAGUGGAGGAGAUUCCUGCUUCUGAAAGCAAAGCUUCAUCAUGGUUAAUAGAAAAGUUCAAGAUGAAGGACCACUUGCUUUCAGAUUUCAAGAUUCAUGGUCAUUUCCCAGAUUAGCAAAAUGAAAAUGAAAUUUCUACAUUUAAGAGCCUAUUCUCUUUUACAGUGAUAGUUUCUUUUACUGCCAUGUUUAUCUAUUUUACAUUAUUUUCUGUUGUUUGGUUCAAAGUGUAUGUAGUUCUAUCUUGUGCAUAUCUUGCUCUUGCAACUCGCUUCAAUUUUCAAUUGAUGCCUCUAAGUAACUAUGUUCAUGCACUUCAUAACACCAAGAAACAAAACACUGAAUAGUGUUCUCAAUUUUAUAUUACAAUGUACUAUCUUGCUCUUCAACUUUAUAUUUUCAGGGUCAA